UUAGUGUGAGAAGAUUAAUUGUUUUGUGUUUCUUGGCGUAAAAUAACGGAAGUAAUCAUGCAGGGUAGUGUUUUUGAAACGAUUUAUGUGUUAUUUUUAAUGGUUUAUUGUUGUUUUUUGCUGCUAGUUAGUACAUAUACUAUACUUGUUUGGAAAGAGGCAUAUGCAAUGGUUGAUGUAUUGACAACCAGAUUACAUGAUGCAUACACAAAUUGGACAUUUCGACCGGCAGAUAAUGACAAUGAAUCUCGUCUCACAUUAUCUGGUCUGCGUCGAAUUGGCGGAUUACAAAAACGUAAUAAAAUUGCUGAAAAGGAACUUAAUAAACAGGUGAAAGAAAAAUAUCUUUAUCAAGUAAAAGAAAAUCCACCACCUCCUGCAGCUCCAUUAAAACCUCGUCCGUUUAUGGGCUUAAGUUGUAAAAAUUGCACACCAAGUAGUAGGAAUUUACUUGUAAAUCGUGCACGAGAGAAUUCCAACAUCAAAAAUAUCUUACGGGUAGACGCUUUAAAAGCAAACAAUUUUCUAACACGUAAAUUCUGUCAUAUUGUACAAGCGUAUCGAUUGAAGAAAUAUGAUUUUCCACAAGUAUCCGAUACCGUCUUACAUGAUGAACGGCUUCGUGAAGCAUUACAAAUGGCCACGACUAAAGAUCUACAAGAUAUGGACAAAGCUGACGAUGAAACAUAUCAGAAACAAUUGAAGAAAAAUGAAAAUCGUGCUAAAACUAUUUUGUAUGAUAUGCGAUCAACACUUUCUGAUUUUCUUUUAAGGCUUACAUCUUGGGUAAUGUACAAAGUAUUACCAUGUUUUUUGAGCUCUGUAGUUGCUCAUCCAGGACAAGUUGAAAUGUUAAAAAAGGCAGCGGAAUCUGGAGUUCCAUUAAUCUUUUUACCCUUACAUCGAUCUCAUUUAGAUUAUAUUUUGAUUUCAUUUAUUUUAUUGAAUAAUGAUAUUCGAUCACCACUUGUGGCUGCUGGCGACAAUUUACGAAUUCCACUUUUUGGCUUUCUACUUCGAGGUCUUGGUGCAUUUUAUAUAAAAAGGCGCAUUGAUCCCGUUUUAGGACGUAAAGAUAUUGUUUAUCGGGCUGUGUUACAUACUUACAUGAUGGAAGCUCUCAGAGCUGGUCACAAUAUUGAAUUCUUUAUUGAAGGUGGUCGAACUCGAACGGGAAAACCAUGCAUGCCAAAAGGUGGAAUUCUUAGCGUAAUUGUGGAUGCAUACAUGGAUGGAACAAUUGAAGAUGCAUUACUUGUACCUGUUAGUAUAAAUUAUGAACGAUUAGUUGAUGGAAAUUUCGUUCGUGAACAGUUAGGACAACCAAAACAAAUGGAAUCAUUAGGUUCCGCAUUAAAAGCAAUCUGGAGUGUUUUAAAUUCAAAUUAUGGAAUGAUGAGAAUUGAUUUUAAUCAACCGUUUUCAAUAAAAGAAUUAAUUAAAACGUUCCACAUACCAUCAAGAAGUCCAACACCUGAAGAGAAAGAAAUCGUUAGUAAUGGCACAGUACCGCCAUUGUUUAAAAAACCAAAAUUAGUGUCACAACCAUCUACAGCUAGUUUAUACGGUACUGACGUCGUUGAAGAAAAACAUCGUAAACUUGUGGAUAGUAUCGCAAGACAUGUUAUUUACGAUUGUACGCAAGCAACUGCUAUUAUGUCAACGAAUGCUGUUGCUUUCCUAUUGUUAAAUCGGUUUAGAGAUGGAUGUACAAUGGAUCAAUUAGUUGUUGCUUUAGAUAAAUUACGUGCAGAAGUUGAUUGGGCUGGACGAGAUUUAGGUUUUAGUGGAGAUUCUUUAGAUGUUGUCAAUCAUGCUUUGGAUGUGUUAGGUCCAGCAUUAGUACGUCGUGACAAAACACAAAAUACAAUAUUACCUGUAUGUAUGCUUCCAAACGUGAUUGAACUAGCCUACUACAGUAAUGGAAUGAUGAGUUUCUAUGUGGUCGAUGCAAUUAUUGCAACCGCUUUAUUCACAUUAUUACCAGAUGUGACGUGCUCUAGUCAAUUAUCUGAAGAUGAUAUUAUUGAACGUUCCAAAGAAUUAUGUGACCUUUUAAAAUAUGAAUUUAUUAUCAAUAAGCCAUGCCAAACAAUUGAAUCAGUUAUCGCUGAUGGUAUCGAUAAUUUAAAGAAUAAAGAAAUUUUAACACAAAAAGAGAUUUUAUACACCGAAGACGAAAAAUGGAGUCAACGAGUUGCAAAAACAUUUGACGAUGACGAUAGUUCGUCUGGUGACGAUGCUGCUCCACCUAAAAUAAAUGAACCUAACUUACAAUUUAAUUCAAACACAACGACUUUACAGCAUUUAUGUUUCUUACGUGGUUUAAUACGGCCCUUAAUUGAAGCGUACUAUAUUACGGGUACCGUUUUACAUAAAUUGGUUGAUCGAAAUGUUACAGAAAAAGAAUUAGUACUCGAUAUUAUGGAAGAAAUUAAAAAAGAAUUACAUCUUGGAUCCUUGAGUUACAGUGAAAGUUUAUCAGUUGAUCCAGUACGAAAUUGUUUAAAAUUACUACAACAUUGGCAAGUGCUCGAAAGUCAUACACAAGAUAAAAUACGAAUGUACUAUUUAUCAGAACAUUAUGAUGAUAACGAAUCAUUAAAACCAAUUUUAAUCAAAUUAUGUCGAUUCAAAACGCCAUUAAAUAAUAAUAAGUGAAUGAAAAAAGCUUACAAAUUUUUAAAAACAAUAAGAAUUAAAAAACAAUUUGCAUUGGUAUCAAAAGAAAAACACAAAGAGAAAAAAAAAACGAAAAGAUAUUUUUGUUACUAGAAACAUAUUUGCUGUGAUAAUUAUUGAUAGUUGUUUAAUUUUGUCUCUAUUAAGUUACCAAUUUUAAUUAAAAAAAGAAUGGAUAAAAGGGAAUGGGGAACUUGCAGGAAUCGGAUAAUAAAAAAUUGACUUUUUAAUUAAAAAUUUUAAGUAAAUUUCAGCAAAAUUCGACCUACAGGUGUUUUUUUAAGUUGACAUAGGCUUGAAACUAGAAAAAUUAAAAAAACCUCGAGAAAAAAUGUUGGGUGUAUAGGAGUUUUUAUACAGGGUCUUUCAUCAAAGCUUUCAAAAGAGGUGUACGUCUUACAGCCGUCUUAUUUUGGGUGAGCUAUUCGCCCUACAGCACCAAUGCCACCAUUGAAGCUCGGAAUUAGUUUUAUUAAACGUUCAACCAGUCUUUGUUACUCAAUUUUUCGAAUUUUUCUCGAGAUUUAUUGCGCAUAGGCAAAUUUUUUCUUUAAAGACUGAUGUAAAUAAAAAAAUGAUGGAACCAAAAUAAAAAAGGAAUUUUAUGCCACCAUCAAUUAAGUAAAUUUCGGUAACCUUAUGCUUUUACCUAAUUUUAUUUUAAUGAAAGCUUGUGUUGGAAAUUUUGAUUUUUAAAUGGUUUUUACAGGGUGGUCGAUCAAAGUGGUGUAAAAAUACAUUUUUUGACUACUUUGGUAUUGGACUGAAUCCAAAAAGAAACUAGAAUUCAUGCAAGUUCCUCAUUAAAUGUGCUUAAUAACGACAUUAAAUAAACAUUAAAAGGCUGUUUUAAGCCUUUUUUAUUUCUUAUACUAUUUGAAAGAAUUUUUGUUGUUUAGUUAUUUUUCAUAAAUAUUUUUAUUUUUUAAUUUGUGCAUCCAUUAAUUAUUUUUGUGACACAUAAGACAGACAGGGUGGCGAUCGAACUGAAGAACCUGGAAAUACCCGAGAAUUUUAAUAUCGACCAGGGCAGUUGAAUUAUCAUCGCCAUUUGGCGGGAUUUAUCGAAUUUCGGUAACAAUUCGAUUGUCACCCCGUAAAAAGAAGCAUGUGCCUUGAACAAAAUCAAUGUUCAAUAAAUAAUAAAAACGACAAUUUAUUACAUAAAAAAGAAAAAUUAGAAUUAAUUAAUUAUAGGACUGUAGAAUUUAUUUUGGAUUAUUAAAAAACAGAAAAACCAUCAAAAAAUAAUCGUUCAUUCGGUUAGGAUUGUACGUACUAUAUAUAUAUUUACAAAUAAUGUAUCCUUAUUUUUAUGAUCUAAUGAAUAUUUAAGAAAUGAAAAUAGUUUUUUUUUUUAAUUUUAAAAGAUUUGUUCCUAAUGAAAUCCUUGAGAGAAACGAUGGAAUAGUUAUGGGGGUUAUUUGCAAGAGGGUAAAAAUCUAUUUCUUCUUGGGCUAUGCUAGAUUAGACU